UUUACCUUAUUUUCCGAAGAUUAAGAAUGGGUCGGGCAAAGAAAAUGCUAAGCCACGUGCUAUCAAUACGAUUUCAAGCCGUUACAAGUAUGUUAAGUCCCAUACAGUGUAGGCAUAAGUCUCUUACACUAGAAAAUAUGAGGCAAAAUAUCGUGAAACUGGAAUAUGCUGUGCGUGGUCCGCUGGUCAUGCGAGCUGCUGCAAUCGAAAAUGAACUUAAGAAGGGCUCAAAUAAGCCGUUCAAGAAGGUAAUCAGAGCCAACCUUGGCGACGCGCAUGCAAUGGGGCAAAAGCCCAUUACUUUUAUUCGACAGGUGUUGGCGUGUGUAACAUUACCAGAGCUGAUUGAUAAGUAUGACUUUCCCAGUGACGUGAAACAGCGAUCUAAUGAACUGCUGGAUGCAUGUGGAGGCAGGUCAGUCGGAGCCUACAGCGCCUCAUACGGACUAGAAAUAAUUCGCAAGGACGUUGCAAAAUACAUCGAAGAACGCGACGGGCAUCCUAGCAAAUGGGAGGAUAUCCUUAUAACGGCUGGAGCUUCCAUGGGCAUUAAAAGUAUUCUUGGCUUGUAUUCUCCAGGGAACAAACCUGAUGGUGUAAUGAUCCCCAUACCCCAAUACCCCCUCUACUCAGCUUCUCUAGUCGAAUUCGGGUUAGAAGCCGUAGGGUAUUUUUUGGAUGAAGACAACGCCUGGGGGCUAGACAUGAACGAGCUGAACAGCGCUCUGGAGAAGUCAAAAAAAACGUGCUCUGUGAAAUGUAUUGUUAUUAUAAAUCCUGGGAACCCUACGGGUCAGGUGUUGUCGCGGGAAAACAUAGAAUCAGUCAUCAAGUUUGCACACGAGAACAAUCUGUUGAUAAUCGCGGAUGAAGUGUACCAGCACAACGUUUACGCCGAGGGCAGCAAGUUCCACUCGUUUAAGAAGGUGCUAAGAGAAAUGGGUGCCCCGUACACGGACGAAGUAGAAGUGACCUCUUUCAUGACGAUCAGUAAAGGCUACAUGGGUGAAUGCGGACUGCGGGGUGGAUGGCUGGAGAUCGUGAACAUGGAGCCGGCAGUGCAAGCACACCUUUAUAAAGCAUUAUCUGCGAUGCUGUGUCCGACUGUACUUGGCCAGAUUGCCACAGAUGCAGUUGCCAAACCACCAAAACAAGGAGAGCCUUCAUACGACCUCUUCAAUAAAGAGAAGACAGCUGUGUUGGAAUCCUUGAAGACGCGCGCUAAAAUGGUUGUCGAUACUUUCAACUCCAUGGAGGGGUUCAAAUGCAACGCUGUUCAGGGAGCUAUGUACUGCUUUCCACGAAUUCAGCUGCCACCAAAAGCGAUAGAGGCGGCCAAAGCUGACGGAAAGGCGGCUGAUGUCUUUUACGCCUUCGCUUUACUAGAAGAAACAGGUAUCUGCGUGGUGGCUGGCAGCGGUUUCAAGCAGCGACCUGGCACCUACCACUUCAGAACAACCAUACUACCACAGACGGAUGUGCUCAAAGAAAUGCUCAAUAUAUUUCAAGACUUCCACCAGAAAUUUACUAAGAAAUAUGCCUAGUUAUCACAAAAUGGACCUUAUAUAAUUGUAGUAAGGUUUAGAUUCAAUCGUUUCAUUGUACAAUGUUGCUACAUUCGACCGUUCGACAUCAAAGAUAUGUUUGUAUUUUCUGCUACAUAUCUUCGACGUGUGCCUACGUUGGUAAUAAAGGAAUAACUAAAGGGCAACUUUAAGUUGCCAACUUAGUUGUAACUGUUGCAAGGAGAAUCGCACAAAGCCGCAGAAGAGGCUUCAAUUGUUUUAAUAAAACAUCAUUAGAUAUGCCAAUGAAACUUUUUUUGGUUCCUAACCACCUGUCCACCCCGAGGAACCAUUCCCACCUGUGGGAUUGAUCGACGUCAGCAGGGAAAUACUACUAUAUAUACUAGAAAAAUUUGCAGUGAAACUUGCACCAAUAGUGAUAGAAAUCAUAAAUGUAUUUUAGUUAAAAUCUUAUGAAACAAACAGAUGUAACAGUUCAGUUAAUUAAUACACGACCCAGCCCACUGUGCACCAUAGGUAACUAUGAAAUUUCAAUGAAAAUAAUUAUGAUUAUAUUGUGGCAACGCCAUGUUUGUUCAUAUGAAAGCCAUACUUUGUCUUUGAGUUGGAGAUCAAAGUAAGAGGUAAGAGUGGCAUGAUAUUAUUGUAUUUUUUAUACUCAGACUUUAUAUUUCUUUUAAAUU